AAACUUUGCACGGCAAAGUCAGAUUGUUGGAAAUGAACAUAUUGAAUUCAAAUCGAAACAAGUAUAGUAAUCGAAAAAGAAGAUUGGAAAAUCAGCCAAUUACUACAGUUCAACCUGUAGUGCAACCUGUAGUGAUUGGUACACCUAUUUCUAAAAAAGCUAAACA